AUGAAUUUUUUCAAUAAUGUGUAUGCAUUUGGAAAUGGUAGGGAUAAUGAGAGUCAUCACGCGGCAACGCAGCAUUUAAGUAACACAAGUGAAACUCGUGAUGAGCAAAUAUCACAACUACAUAUAACCGGUUCGUCGCCGUUAGCCACCCAAUCAAAAGAAGACCACAGAGCCGCUGCAGCUAUCAUCCAAGCAGCUCAUCUUCAUCAACAGCAGCAGCAGCAACAACAACAGCAGAAGGGAGAGGAAAAGGUACAAGAAGAAGAGGAGGAAAAACAAGAACUGAAAUUACCAAAACAAAAUUUCCAACAGCUGCAACAAACGCUACAAAAGAAAAGAAUUCAGAAACAGCAACAGCAGCAACAGCAGCAGCAACAGCAACAACAACAACAACAACAACAACAGCAGCAGCAACACUCGACAUCUGUCAUACAACAACGCUCGAUGACUGUGGCACAACAACCAAACUCGCUGUUGGUUAAUUUAAUGACAGCCGCGUCUCCUACACAUCGACCGGAAAUCUCAAAAGGGACUCCUCCGCAUCCAAACCAACACUACCCCUCACAAAUGCAACAAAUACAACCAACUGGUUUGCCAUUACAGAAAAAGAUUCGAAAGAAUCGACCGGGUCACAAAUUUGGCGCGAAAAAGAGAUCCUGGGUAUGGACAUGGUUUAAACAGGAUGAAAAAGAUCCCAAUAUAGCUCAAUGUGAACUAUGCCAUCGUGUAAUAACUAGACUAGUGUCAGAUAAAGGAUCUCCCAAAAAGUUGAGUGAACAUUUGAAAACUCACAAGAUAAUAAGUAAGGACAUGGUGAAUAAUUAUACGCGCGAUGCACCCUCAUCAUCGCCCUCAAAUGGAUAUGGCGUUGCUUUUGCUAAACAAAGUGACACUGUAUCAUAUCCGAAAAGUUAUAUGCCAAGAGAAACUGAGCAAAUGAGUGCCGAACAAGAUUUGGACCAUGGCAAUAUGGAUAACCAUGAAGAGAUAGGGGCCAGGGCUGGUGUCAGUUCCAGAAUCACCAGUUCCAAGACCAGCGCCGAACCAGUGCUUCAGUUGCAAAGACCACUAGGGAGAAACACAACCCCACCACAGUAUACUACGUUGGAUACAGGAAUCAAUCAAGCUGUACUAGUUGAGUCUCCAUCUUUGGAAGUAGCAGGUUAUGCAAAUAGUAAAAACAGCUUUGAUAAUGCACCGUAUUCGCCAAUGAAGUUCCAUAAACAUCUCAUGAAGUUUUUAUCUGAAAACAAAUUGCCAUUGAGCACAUUGACAAACCACUCUUUUCAACAAUUGAUCUAUGAUUUGAGAAAGGAAAGUAUUACAGAUUUAAUGGAGUUGACUCAGUUGUAUGAUUCUUUAAUAGAGGUUGGUCGAAUAAGCAGUACACGUGUGACUCAAGGGGCAACUGGUGCAGCGAUUGCUAGCAGUAGCAGUAGCAAUAGCACAAAUGAUGUAAAUUCAGAGAAACAACAAACCGUUUAG